AUGUCUUCUUGCACUAUCUACAACCCUGUGAAGGACUAUACUAUACCCAAUACAGACCUACUGUCCCUCGUCUUUGACCACCCCGACGUACUAGCAAAAGAUGAUACCAUCCUCCAUGUGGAAGGUGCAGACAGCAGCAACAGUAUCACCAAGUCACAAUGCCGCGAGUACACCAUGCGAAUCGCCCACAUUCUGCGCGAGAAGUUUGCGAUUGGCGCCCAAGGUCCAGGGAUCGAUACCGUUUGUUGCAUCUCGACCGGACAAGUUCUUCUCCCCUCGCUUUUCUACGGCGUGAUUGCCGCGGGCGGGGUGUACAGUGCGGCUAGCUCGAGCUUCACGGCCGGAGAGCUGGCACGACAGGUGAAACACGGAGAAUCUCGACUCAUUGUUACUAGCAAGGACUGCAUCAAAGUUUCCUUCAAAGCUGCCGCUGAAUGUGGAAUCCCACUGGAUAGGGUGUUGGUUCUAGAUAGUUCACGUGGACAGAGAAGUCUUCGAGAUGGACACGGGAAGGAACUGCUCCAUGAGUCCACCGGACAGCUGGCUUGGGAGGUGAUUUCUGAUCAACAGAUCCUGCAUGAUAGGGCCGCCUGUCUGAUUUACAGCAGCGGAACAACUGGCGAGCCUAAGGGCGUUGAAAUUACACAUGAGAAUCUGGUGUCCGCUGCCGUCGUGAACCUCUACGCCUACCGCGAUUACAUAUCCAGACAAAAAGCUCAAACCCCAGACUUCACACCAGAAUACCGGACAGUCGCACACCUCCCGGCAGCGCACAUCGCCGGCUGCCAGGGCUAUUUCCUGCAACCGGUGCUAUGCGGCGGAACAGUGUACUGGAUGUCCAAGUUUGAGCCGAAAAGCUUUCUCUGGAACUGUGCGACAUAUCGUCCCACGUUCCUCUUUACCGUCCCACCAAUCUACCAGUUACUGGUACAAAGCCCAUUGGUGAAUGAUCAAUUUAAGCAUAUGAUCCAUGCGGUAUCUGGUGCGGCGCCCAUGGGACCGGAUUUGGUCGUGCGAGCAACCAAGACACUGGGAUGUCCCGUUUCACAAACUUGGGGUCUUAGUGAGACAACUGGUAGUGUCACCAUCUCUCCCUGGGACGAAUUCGAGUCUGAUGGAAGUCUCUCGCCUCUGCUUCCGAAUAUUCGGCUGCGCAUCGUUGACGAGGCCGAGAAUGAUGUCGAAGACGGACAGGAGGGAGAGUUCAUCGUCCAAGGUCCAAUGGUUACAAAGGGGUAUUGGAAAAACGAAGAAGCCACGCGAGCGAGCUUCACAGCCGAUGGAGCAUGGUUCAAGACCGGCGACUUGGGAUUGCGACGAAAUGGGAGGAUCUUCAUCAUCGACCGGAAGAAGGAGAUGAUCAAGUAUAAGGGUCUUCAAGUCGCACCAGCAGAGUUGGAAGGUCUUUUGCUAUCGCAUUCAUUAAUUCAGGAUGUCGCUGUCAUUGGAGUUCCGGAUGUCAACAUGGCGGGAAAUGAGCUUCCCCGUGCGUAUGUGGUGGCUAAUCAGAGCAAAAUCACGGAAGAUGCCAUCAAAAGCUUCAUUAAAGAUAAUCUUGCCUCGCAUAAGCAAUUGAGGGGUGGUGUUAUCUUCGUACCUGAGAUUCCCAAGAGCCCGACUGGCAAAAUCCUUCGAAAGGAGCUGCGAGCUGCUGCGAUGGGAGCCAAGGCGAAGCUAUGA